GUUCGUUUAUUUCCUUUCCCAAGUUCAAACCAUCCUUUAGAAAACUUGAAAUCCAGUAUGAAGUUAGUCAUCUUUUUGUGCUUGCUGUCGGCAAGUGCCAUCCUAGGCAAACCCCUAGACAACUCAGAGGUUCAAGAAUCCGACGAUGUGGUUGCUCCCGGAAUUCCUGCAGACGUAGCUGUCGAUCAACCGAAAGAGGUAGCUGUUAACGAGCCUGAACAACCGGAAAAGGCACCUGAAGAACCCAACAAUGAAGUUGAAGUAGGCGAUAAUCACCCGGAACAACCAGAUGUAAACGAGCCUGAACAACCGGAAGAGGCACCUGAAGAGCCCAACAAUGUAGUUGAAGAAGGCGAUCAUCAACCGGAACAACCAAAUGUAAAGGAGCCUGAACAACCGGAAGAGGCACCUGAAGAAUCCAACAAUGUAGUUGAAGAAGGCGAUCAUCAACCGGAACAACCAGAUGUGAACGAGCCUGAACAACCGGAAGAGUCACCUGAAGAAUCGAACAAUGAAGUUGAAGAAGGCGAUCAUCAACCAGAACAACCAGAUGUAAACGAGCCUGAACAGCCGGAAAAGGCACCUGAAGAACCCAACAAUGAAGUUGAAGUAGGCGAUAAUCAACCGGAACAACCUGAUGUGAACGAGCCUGAACAACCGGAAGAGGCACCUGAAGAAUCCAACAAUGAAGUUGAAGAAGGAGAUCAUCAACCAGAACAACCAGAUGUAAACGAACCUGAACAACCAGAAGAGGCCCCUGAAGAACCCAACAAUGCAGAUGGAGAAGGCGAUCAUCAACCGGAACAACCAGAUGUGAACGAGCCUGAACAACCGGAAGAGUCACCUGAAGAAUCGAACAAUGAAGUUGAAGAAGGCGAUCAUCAACCAGAACAACCAGAUGUAAACGAGCCUGAACAGCCGGAAAAGGCACCUGAAAAACCCAACAAUGAAGUUGAAGUAGGCGAUAAUCAACCGGAACAACCAGAUGUAAACGAGCCUGAACAACCGGAAGAGGCACCAGAAGAACCCAACAAUGAAGUUGAAGAAGGCGAUCAUCAACCGGAACAAACAGAUGUAAACGAGCCUGAACAACCGGAAGAGGCACCUGAAGAAUCCAACAAUGAAGUUGAAGUAGGCGAUCAUCAACCGGAACAACCUGAUGUGAACGAGCCUGAACAACCGGAAGAGUCACCUGAAGAAUCGAACAAUGAAGUUGAAGAAGGCGAUCAUCAACCAGAACAACCAGAUGUAAACGAGCCUGAACAGCCGGAAAAGGCACCUGAAAAACCCAACAAUGAAGUUGAAGUAGGCGAUAAUCAACCGGAACAACCAGAUGUAAACGAGCCUGAACAACCGGAAGAGGCACCAGAAGAACCCAACAAUGAAGUUGAAGAAGGCGAUCAUCAACCGGAACAAACAGAUGUAAACGAGCCUGAACAACCGGAAGAGGCACCUGAAGAAUCCAACAAUGAAGUUGAAGUAGGCGAUCAUCAACCGGAACAACCUGAUGUGAACGAGCCUGAACAACCGGAAGAGGCACCUGAAGAAUCCAACAAUGAAGUUGAAGAAGGAGAUCAUCAACCAGAACAACCAGAUGUAAACGAACCUGAACAACCGGAAAAAGAGCCCGAAAACCCCAACAAUGAAGUUGAAGAACCGGAACAAGAAGAAGAUCAUCCACAUGAAGCAAAAGAUCCAGACCAUCCUCGAGAAGACGAUCAUGAGGCUCCUGAACCAGAUCAUCAGAGUCAACCAAACCAUGGCAACGAUGAGCAGAAACCUCCUCAGCCCGAACAAGAUCAUGAGGAUCAACCAAAUCACGGAAACGAUCACGAUCAUGAACAACCCGGAGACUCCCAUGAACAUCAAUCUUCGCAGGAAGACCCGCAAGAACACGGACAAGGAACGCAACCCCCACAGGGUGGCCAGGAAGGACAACGACCCCCUCACGGACAUGGUCAGGGUUCGAAUCAACUGCAGGAUCAACCGGCCCGUGAUGGUUCACACAUUGCAAAUGUGAACAUUGUCCUGAUCGUUUGACAUGCAAUUGCUUGAAUGUCAAUAAAAUUUAAAUUAUUUUGUAAUAUAUGAAAAACAGCAAACUGAGAAUAUGAUGCAUGGCUUGGGUUUUUUUAAACCGAGUUCUA